CUUGGUGAUAACGUAGGCAGUUCUGUGGCGCGGAUGGCGCUGUGACGUGGCUGGUGGCGGAAGCAAUGUUGCGACAGGACAGUAAUGAUGAUACGGAAGACGUGUCACUCUUCGAUGCUGAUGAUGAAAUGCCCAGGAGGCCCAAGAAAUCAAAAAUUAAACAUCCAAUAGCCUCCUUUUUCCAUUUGUUCUUCCGGGUCAGUGCAGUGAUAGUCUAUUUACUCUGCGAAUUGUUCAGCAACAGUUACAUUGCCUGUGUGGUGACGAUCAUCCUUCUUCUGUCAUGUGACUUCUGGGCAGUGAAGAAUGUCACAGGGAGGCUGAUGGUUGGCCUCCGUUGGUGGAACCAGGUUGAUGAUGAUGGCAAGAGCCACUGGGUGUUUGAAGCCAGGAAGGCAUCUCCUCCAAGAAAGAAAGUCACAUCAGAAGCAGAGUCCAGAAUCUUCUGGUUAGGUCUGAUCACAUGUCCUUUGCUCUGGGUCAUCUUUGCUUUCAGCGCCCUGUUUUCCUUCAGAGUGAAGUGGCUGGCCGUAGUGAUCCUGGGUGUGACUUUACAAGGAGCUAAUCUUUAUGGCUAUAUCCGGUGCAAAGUGGGCAGCAGAAAGAAUUUGACCAGCUUGGCGACAUCCUAUCUAGGCAAGCAGUUCUUGCAGCAGACUGUGGCCAAAGAAGAGCAGACUGUAUCUUGAAGAUCACAAAGUCCUCCAUUUUUGUUUUGGUUUCUUCUAGAGAAUGGGAAAUAUUUCCUUGGCCUCUGAACCAGAGAUUUAUAACUUAUGUGUGGGUUUUUGUAAUUAAAUAAUCACAUAGAAGCGCAGGUUACUGCUUGUUCCUUUCAAGUCUUAUUUUGAAAGCCCCUACUGUAACCUAUUUAGGUGCAGAACUCUUUCGACCAGAUGGCUCCCGUUAGGCCAGUAAGAUUAUUUGAUAGUGGCUGUUCAUGCUACAACAUUAAGGAAGACAACUGUUCCCUUUUGUAUAGCUGUGGCAUUAUACCCCAGAGUCCCAGGACUAUGGAUGGGAUGGAGAUGAAACUUUGAAAAACUUCAGCUGAAGGGCUAGAAACCGAAAUGAGGCUUUGUAAGGCUUCCAGGUCUACAGUUGGAAUGGAAGGACCCAGAUAUUUCUAACUUGCACAAUGGACUCCGCACAAAGACGUUUUCUCUCCUGUUUGCAAGACCUGCUAUUUUGUAAUGUGGUUCCCCCUCCCUGCAUUUUCUAUGGCAUGGUUCUAAUCCCCCCAUACUCACCCUUCUUUAAUAAGGUUGUUUAGAAACUUGUUGGGCGCAUUGGAACUUCAGUAUGUUGAGUCAUACUCGGAGGCAGCCAUUUUCUUGGGCUAUCAGUGAAAGUAGAUACCAUGUUUAUCAUGUAAUUUUCUGUAGAAAAUGACAAAUCGUAAUGCAGACUAGUUAAUAACCAUCCCUUAUUGGAGUAUGCUUUUUCCUUGACACUGGAGAGAGUUGACAAGUGUCAUGAUCUAUAAUUUGGCUUAGUAUAUAUGUAUGCAUGACUGGGAGUAUCUUUCCUGCUUCUGUCAUAGAGAGACAAUAAUUGUAAGGUGCUGUUCACACAUGGCCACAGCAUAUACAGUCGACAGACAGUGGAACUCAGGAAUGAGCUUGGCUGUUGUCCAUCUGCGCAUACACAUGUACUUCAUCACACACACAGUUGGAUCCAACCAGCUUUUCUAGUGGAAAAAGGAAGGAAGCAUCACUUUUGACUAACCAAAUAGGCUAAAGUGAGAAUAAUGGGACCUGCAUGAACAAUAGUCAUGUGAGAUGAGAGAUGUGGUAUGGAUGGGAAUUGGGUGAGACAGAGGGGGAAAGGCUGGCUGGAUCCAACCCACAGACUGUUUUAUGUGAACACAUGCUUUGUCAUACAUACAGACACCUGCUCUGCCUAUGUGAUCCUCCAUCCCUCUUUUGUGUGGAUGGGUGCUAUGGGUAGGGUAUAGUUCAAUCCAUAUUUACCUAUGUAGGCUUUGUUUUGUACAGGACACUAUGCACAUGUAGAAGUGCACGUCUGCCUAAAGCAUAAUUUUAUGCCACACCAUGCUUAGAAUGAGCAAAGGUUCUAUCAGAACAGGCCCUAAGAUGCUACUGUAGUGCACAGAACUGUUUCAAAGAGAAGUUUUAAACUUCAGAGGCUGGUGAGUACCAUUGUCAGCCGGAGAGAGUCAUGUGAAGGAGCAAGAGCAUCAUGCACUAGUCUUAUAUAUAUUCAGCCCCGAUUGGGAUUUCAGCACAUCAUCCUGAAAAAUAGCAUCCCCCCCCCCCUUCUGCUGCCACAGUCAGCAAAGAGUUGCUUGGUGAACUAGUCCUUAGCUGACUUGCACUGUGGCUGGCAGGGCUGCUUUCAUACUCUGUGUUAAAUUGAUUGGUGUUAAUACUUGGAGGACACAGUCCUGUUACCAAACUCUGGAUUUAUGUAUAAACAACUUCCGUGUGUUUAAAUGGAGUUUAGGAGAACUGUAUUUAAUUACCAUAAAAAGGUGGCAGAGAAGCUCUAAUUGUAAAGAUGAGUUAACAAAAUGUUGCCUAAUGAUGGCUGACCUUUUAUGUAGAAAAGAAGAAUUUGUUCAUAGCUGGCAAGCUUCAGUAGGAGGGAUGGUUGAUCAUUUACAUUUGUGUUUGGAUACCUGAAUAAUGGAAAGCCAGAGUUUUCCUCUUGGUGGAUACUAAAACUAUGUAUUCAAGCUGUGAAUAUCUCUGCUCUGCAUUAUGCAUGUUUGUGAAAUCCCUCAAAUUAAGAUGUUUUUCAGGGAAAUAUAUUUUUUUAGAGUUUGUGUCAUGGAAUCUUUUGAUUGCCCUGCAGGCACUGUUUGUCUGCAGUGAUGCAGAGUUUCUCUUGUACUAAUUAACAAAUCCUGUUUUUAACAACAUCUCCUAUCGUCCUUGUUCUUCGUCUAUAUGGUUUGUCUUUG